GUGUGAUGCCUUCAUCUGCAUCAGCAUUACCACCAUCUACCACACAUCUACCCUCAGAGGUGUCAGGAGAUGAUACUCUCGGCCAUAGGACUCGGCUAGGUGUGAACACUGCUAUUGGUGGGCCAAUGCGUAGCCCCAUGCAUGGUGAUAGGAUGGGGGGUGAUGAUGAUGAUGAGGGUUCUCGUGUGUGGGUAUCUGAGCAACUUCCUACCAUCCAGGAGGGUAGAGUGUCGUCGAUGAGCUUGCCAGUCUCACAAUCGAGCUGUACGUCGCAUCACAGCAACCAGGGCUCCCUCCAGCCACAACAACAGCAGUCACAUCUAGUAACACGAGGUUCAGUCGCCUCAGUGGUGUCAGCCUUGAGACGAGGCUCUAAUAACUUCUUUGCUGAGCAUGCAUCACAUGGCAGUGAUGGCAGUGAAUGGGAGAAUGCUCUAUCGGCCGUGGCUAGAAGGAGGGCCUCUUUGAAUCUGCCAGUACAGCUAUCAGAUCAUCAUCAACAACAACCUUCGACGGGCGGGUACGAUGGUGUUGAUACGGCCCAGGCAAAGGAUGUGGGCCAUCGACCCUCCCUCUCUGCUACUGCUACCACACCGCUCAUGCAUGAGGACCCUACAGCGGUGCAACAACAAGCUGAGGGCGGACACGAUGAGCACCGUUGUAUCGAUGGAGGGACACACAGCUUUGUGAAGUAUAACUUGGAUACGCAGGAGUGGGUGAUGAUCGACCCUCGUGCACCGCCAGAGGUCACACCCUAUGAUGCUAAAGAGAAGAGGGAUCAUAGAAAAGAAUGGGAGAGACUGGAUGCCGACACUCUAAGCCAUCUGUUGUCCGAGGGCAAGCUGAUGCCCAAACAGCCAGGGAAGAGUGCUUACCGCAAGCUAUGGCUCGUCAUCAUUCUCACCAGCGUUCUUAGUACGCUCCUCUCAGCUAUAAUAGAUGCAGCUGUGAAAGUGUUAGUGUCAUCGAAGGAUGGGCUAUCUCAAUGGUUGAGUGUUGUCGUCGAUGUCCUCUUUGUUCUAUCUGCCCGUAUACUUAUGAUAGCCCAGCCCUUGGCAGAAGGGAGUGGUAUCCCUGAAUUGAAGUGUGAACUGGGCGGGGCCAGCCAUCUACUAGGUUUCUUCCGUCCUAGCGUAUUAUUAGCCAAGUCGAUGGGCCUGAUUCUUUCCAUAUCUGGAGGCCUACCAGCAGGAGCUGAGGGCCCUAUGGUGCACAUAGCUGCUUGCAUUGGCUCAUCUUUGUUGAGGCUGCCCUUCUUUGCUACUGUACGGCAAAUACCCAAUACCCGGCGACAAGUCCUAUCAGCAGCUGUUGCCACCGGUGUUGCCGCUAUAUUCCGGGCUCCUAUUGGUGGUGUGCUUUUCGCCUUGGAGGUCACAUCCAACCACUUCUUCAUCAACACGUAUUGGAUGUCCCUGGUAGCAUCGGUUAUUGGAUCAUUUGUGUUCGUAUGUGUGAAGACCUCCCCCCUGCUUGGUCUACGGCCCUUCAUGUUUAGUGAUCUCAACUUCUCUAACUAUGAGUCCCCACUUCGUGUCAUAGGCUUCGCUGCCUAUGGGGUCCUCCUAGGUCUGCUUGGUGGUUACUUUAUCCGAGCCUUUGCACAUACAGGCCGCCUUCUGGCAGAUCUCCAGACAUUCUGGGCGAGGCACUUCGGCCGAAAGCAUGUAGUAUCCACUGCGAAUUCUCUUGAAUAG